AUGGCCACCCAGCCCGACUCGAACAUUGACCCCAGACAGAAAAUUCUGGCAGAUUUCUUCACUUGUGUCAUCUGUCACGACAUCAUGUCACAUCCAUACACAAUCGUCGAUUGCUUGCACAAGUUUGACAAGGACUGCCUCGCCGAGUAUUGGAAGCAAAGCAAUUGCUGUCCACUCUGCAAGGUCCAAUCCACAAAGGCCAGUCACGACUUUACGGCCCAGGUCAUGAUCGAAAGCGCCUCUGGAAUCUCUGCCCCGCCUCGCGACAACGCGCCCAUCUUCCCAUACGGACUCCUCUCUCUCGGUGCUUCUCGUGGUUUUAGCAAUGAUAUUCUCGAUGAUGGUGACGAGGAAGAAGAGGAAGACGACGACGCACCCAUGGAUUCAUAUCCCGGGAUUCAAUUCUUCCAUCCACCGCCUAGAGUUGGAGGAGAUUUAAUCUUCCCGUGCGAAUCUUGUCCGCGCGGCAAUAGCACUGGAUACGAAUGUCCCUGGCCCAUCCCUAUGCCGAGCGCUGAGCAGAUUAAUGCUGAGUCCCAGCGCCUUGGUGUGCCAAUUCGUGCUCCUACCAUGGGAGAGCCUCGUGCUCCGUUACCUGAAGACGAUGAUGGGCAAUGUGAUGGAUGCUCUCUCUAUGUUCCACGCAACUAUCCUGCAAACAUUCGGGGUAUUUCUCUCUUUCCUGCGAAUGACCUUCACUACAAGGGCGAUACUGUCUACGAUAUCGCCGAGGGGUUUCCUUUCAACGUCCUGAGAAACCGAGAGGAGAUGUCACGAUUCGAAUCAUACCUCCAAACUCACGGUAUCACUGCUUCUACGAUUCUGCGACGCAUUGUCGAAGCAAACGAAGCCGCAUUUGAGCUCACUCAAGACGAUGCACUCACUAUCGAAAGCCAGGGAGUGCGCAGGUCUAAUCCGUGGUCGGAUGCAGUUCUUUGCAACAUGUGUAUCGAGAAUAUUGUUCGUAUUCAAGCUGGACCCUGGCAAUGGUGGAUGCGGGAGAGGGAGACGGCCGACCUGGAUCCUGUCGUUCAACUUCUUCCAAACUGUAUGGAUAUGAAUGCCGUACGCAAGUCAAGCCUGCACACGAAUCUUCACAUGCAGCUCGCUAUAAUCACAUCUGUUCCCGCACAAGGAGAGUCGAAUGAUCCAGAGUUUGACGAAUUUGCGCGGAAUUUCGAGGUGAUGGAAAAGGCGGUCGAGGCGCUUCUCAAGGACUCCAAAGUCUUUGCAGACAAUGUCAUCAGCUUUGCGAAUCUGUUUCACCCAUUACCGGGAGAGUAUGAUUUGCUACGACAACAUCCAGAGGCGGAGAAGACGGUCAAGAGCGUUGAUAAAUAUACGACGGCGAUGCAGGAGCUGCGGGAUACAUUGGCGCCCGAACUCGAGUUGAUUGCGAGUCGGAUCAUUGAGCCGACGAAGGAAUUUCAGGCGGUCAUGAAGACGAUUCGGAAGAAUAUAACCAAGCGGGAACACAAGUUGGUUGAUUAUGAUCGACAUAACAAUAGCUUGACAAAGCUGAGAGAAAAGAAGGACAAGUCGUUAUCAGACGAGAAGAAUCUGUUCAAGCUUGAACAAGAGUUUGACGUUGCAACCCAAGAGUACGAGGCUAUCAAUACGGCCCUCAAGGCGGACUUGCCCCAGUUUAUGGUCUUGGCCACACGCUUCAUCGACCCGCUUUUCCAUUCGUUCUACUACAUGCAACUCAACAUUUACUACUUGAUGAUGGAAAAGUUGCAGGGUUUCGCCACGGAGUCCAAGUACCGCUAUGAGGUGACGGGUCAACAGAUCCAAGAAGAGUACCAGGAAAGACGUGGCGAUACCUGGGAGAAAGUUGAUGCCUUGACAAUCAACAAACGGAUGGCGUCUACAGGCAAGCAAUACCCCACCAUGAGACUACAACAAAAGCGAUCUGGAACGAGUUUGUCGCGUGCUACUACAAGCGCUUCGAUGGCGUCGAGUUCAUCCGGUACCUCGUCAUUUAAGAAGGCGCCUCCACCUCCACCACCAGGAUCGGCAGGUUUCAAAAAGAUGCCACCUCCGCCUCCACCGGGUUCGUCUGCUGCGGCUGCAGCGAAGCGAAUGAAUUCCGGUCCUCCCGCUUCGAGCUCUGCUCCUCCACCUCCUUAUACUGCAGGAAACAGUCCUGCAGCCGCCGUGGCCGCAGCGACCAAGCGACCACCUCCGCCUCCACCGGCCAAGAAACCUGCUGUCCCACAGCCGACGUAUGUGAUUGCUCUGUAUGACUUUACUGCCCAGGCUGAUGGUGACCUGGACUUUGUGACGGGGGAUAAGAUAGAGGUGUUGAAUCGUACAGCCAGUCAAGAGGACUGGUGGAAAGGUCGAUUGAACGGACGAGAAGGUGUCUUUCCAGGCAACUAUGUGCGGGAUGCAUAA